UUACUUCGUCAGGAAGUAACCUACACCCAACUCACCUAAUUGAUGCACCUCCUUCAAAGUAUCAUCAAACUAUGAUACUUCAGUCCCCAAAUCAUCAUCAUUCCCUCUCAUUUGUUACAGUACAGAAAGGAGGCAUUGGCCAACUUUAUCUUGAAAAUUUACUUCACAUUUAUGAUUAAAAUUUUAUCACUCAUUUAUUGCUGACAGUACCCAUCAACAAUCUAUUACUAUCUAACUGCGCGAAACCGCGCCCAAUAACUUAAUCUUUUUCUCGUUCCUUUUUUUUUCAUUCUACCUAGUUCAUCGUCACCACUACACAACCGGCCAUGGACCGCGUCAAGGCCGAAUACGACAAGGACCCUGACCAUGGUGACUUGCAAAUGGCAGGUACAAGACCGUCCUACAAGUCGUGGAAAAAGAAGUAUCGUAAGAUGCGCUACAAGUUUGAUCAGCAGAUGCAAGAGAUAGAGAAUCUUCAUAGGCUUGAACAAAAAGCCAUGCGAACUGCGAAACGUCUAGCCAUCGAGAACGAUCGCAUAAUGGACCUCCUAAUGGAUAUCAACGAUUCACCUCAAAUCCCAUUCGACCGACGUAUUGACCUAAACUUAGACGAGGACUCAGACGACAACGAUUCAGACGCGACACAGAAGCCCACGAAGUCUCUUAGAAGAUUAGAAUCUGAGGUCCCUCACAGAUCAUUUGCUGCUAGCGCAGAACAAUUCCCGGAGCUUCUGGAGGACCUUGAACCCGAGGAUCCCCAGAUACACCCUAUUUCGUUUCUGACCGCCGACGACAUUGAUGAAUACCUCUACGAACUCGAUGCGCGAUUGAAGCUGAAACCAAAGCCCACUCUUGCGCCGAGCGCUCUAGGAAAAGACAUUCCUAACCCUACAGCCAACUUUGCGCUGCGAAACCCAACGAGCGUCUACAAUUGGCUGCGGAGGCAUGCACCAAAGACAUUCCUCCAGGACCUCGAGAAGGAGAAGGAGAAGGAUAAAGAAAAGGGCAAAGGCAAAGAUGAUGAUCACGAGAAGGACGACGACGGGCGAAAACGAAAAGGCGGUACAUCCGCACGCACCAAGAGACAAUCGGCGGCUACCCGCAAGGAGAAGGAGAAGGAGGCAGCAGAGUCCAUGGAUUGGGAUGAUGACGGCGGCUAUGAUAUGCCUACGGCUAAGGGCAAGAGAAAGAGGGACGAUGAUGGCGGAUACCGACCUAAGGGAGGGUCAAGCCGACCCGCUAAGAAGCGUAAGAGCAAAGACCUCGGAUCUCUUCCGACUAAGGGCUCCCGAAAGUCGAACGCCUAAGUUUCUGGCAUUAACAGCCUACGGCACAUAAUAAUGGUGGUACUGGGUGUUUCCUCUGGUGUAUUAUUAAACAUGGCUUCCGAUCUUGGGCGUGGCUAAGGGUUGGCAUGGUCUGGCAUGGCAAUGCAAUAGGUUUCAUGAGAUAUAUAGUGCGGGCGAUGCUCUCCUCCAGCAAUGCAUGGUGGAGGAUAACUUCGGAGCAUAGCAAAGUCUCACACUAAUAGAUCAAGUGCGUUUUACUAAAAAGUUGAUUUAUGGUUUUAUGUGUAUAGGUACAGAGCGGGUUGAAAUCGUGGUGACAUAAGGGGGUCGACCUAGGAG